AUGUUGAAAACAUUUUGUACCAUCGUUUUUCUUGCUUCAAUAAUUGAAGGUAAAGUUCCACGAACUGAUGUUACUGUCUCAGGUAUAUCAGCUGGUGGUUCAAUGGCAGCUCAAUUACAUAUUGCCUUUUCAUCUGAAAUUAGUGGAUGUGGUGUUGUUGCUGGUCCUCCAUAUUAUUGUGCUCAAGGUAAUAUGAUGACAGCUAUUGGCGCAUGUAUGAACGGUCCAGCUACAUCGGUUUCGAGCGCAAAUAUCCAGACUAAAUUGAAAGCAUAUGCUACAUCUGGUAAUGUUGAUUCAACAGCACAUAUUAAAGAUGAUCCAGUAUAUAUCUUUUCUGGUACAAAUGAUCGAGUUGUAAUUCCUGGUGUAGUUAAAAUCAAUGAACAAAUCUAUACACCAUUGAGUGCUAAUAUCAAAACUAACUAUGAUCUUGCAGCUAAUCAUGGUUUUCCAACAGACAACUUUGGUGCACAAUGUGCAGUACUUUCCAGCGCUAAUUACAUUAAUAACUGUAAUUAUAAUUUGGCUUAUGAUAUGUUAAAUCAUUUACUUGGUGGUAAUCUUGUUAAACCACCAAGUGGAUCAUCAAUCCCACUUAAUGGACAAUUUAUGAUUUUUGAUCAAGCCGCAUUUAUGAAUCCACCAGCUGCUAGAUCAGAUGCUAAAGCUACAGAUGUAUUUUCUUUAUGGUCAAAUUGGAUGCAAGCAACAAUGGCUUUAUAUAAUCCAUUAAAUUAUUUUCCAACACUCGGUACCGGUUCAGUGACAUUACCAAGUAUUACACUUCCUGAUUUGUCACUUCCUGGUUUAUCACUUCCUGGUAUGGGUGGAUCAUCCGCAUCAUCAAGUGCUGGAUCUGGUUUUGAUAAACAAGGUUAUGUUUAUUUCCCAGCAGCUUGUACUCAAGGAAAAAAAUGUCCAAUUCAUGUUGCUCUUCAUGGGUGUAAACAAGGUAAAUCAUUUGUUGGUGAUGUUUUUGCUAAAAAAGCAGGUUAUUUGGAAGUUGCUGAACUUAAUGAUAUCAUUGUAUUAUUUCCACAAAUUCUUCAAUCAUCAUUGAACCCACAAAAUCCAAAUGGUUGUUUUGAUUGGUGGGGUUAUGGUUCUACUAAUUAUGCUAAUAAAUUAGGUCCACAAAUGAUAGGUAUUAAAAAGAUGAUUGAUACCGUUCGUGGUAUUAAUACUGCUUCAGCUGCUAAAAAAUAA